AGCUCCUCCUCCUCCGGAUCCGUACAGGAGAAGGGAAAUGCAAGUGCAAGCCGCCUCUCCCGCUACCGCGGCGUCCUCGCCGGUGGCGCCAUCGCCACCGCCACCGCCGCGCGCCGCCCUCUCGCCCUGUCCCCGCAGACGCGAGCUCCUGCUUCUAUCCGCGUCGCUCCCGCUCCCGCUCCCGUUGCUCGCCCCGGCGGCGGCCUCGGCGCGCGGGCUGUUCCGCAUGCCGCCGCCGCGGCUGGCGAACCGCUACUUCCUGGUGCGCGCGGGGGAGUCGGUGUACGAGGGGCAGGGCGUCGUCCGCACCAACCCGGUCUCCAAGACCUCCGUGGACAGCGGCCUCUCCCCCGCCGGCCUGCGGCAGGCCGCCCGCGCCGCGCUCGAGCUGCAGCGCCUCGGCGCCUGCGAGGACGACUGCUGGAUAUGGCCCUCCAUCACCCAGCGCGCCUACCAGGCCGCCGAGAUCAUCGCCGCCGCCAACGAGAUCAACCGCAGCCACAUUGUACCCGAGUACAGCUUCUUAGAUGCGCGUGGCCUGGGCGCGUUUGAAGGGAAGAGCCUAGAAACAUUGCCUGAGGUGUAUGCAUCAGACAGUAUUUCGCCAGACAUCAAGCCACCUCCUAUUAGUGAUGGUACACCAAAUGAGAGUGUUGCAGAUGUAUUUGUUCGGGUAACGCAGCUCAUGUCAAUACUAGAGACUCAGUACUCGGGGGAUACCGUUGUCAUUGUUUCACCAGAUUCUGACAACCUGUCAAUUCUACAAGCUGGGUUGAUAGGGCUAGACCUCCGGAGGCAUAGCAGCCUAUUCUUUCAGCCCGGUGAGGUUCGACCUGUUGAUCCAGCCAGCAUACCUGAAUACAAACAACCUGCCUCUACUGUUUUCAAGUGUACAAAUCCACCAAGUUGCAAAUAAUUUACUACUUGUCAUACAACCAUACAGGUUUCAUAUCUGCUGUACAUGAAGAAUAUGAAUAUAUCCCUAUAUCAGUGCAUAGUUGAAAGGAAGUAUACGUUGCAUGCC